GAGCGUAAAGUGUGUAGAGAACUAGAGGUAGACCAUGCUCUGCUGCUUUGGGUAUAUCUCAUACUAUAUUUUAGUAUUAUAAUAUAAUAUAUAUUGCUAAUAUUCUAUAGUUCUAAGGUAACAAUCGUCGAUCUAAAUAAUUAUUAUUCAUUAUCUACUAUCAAGUAUUAAGUAUUAACUAAUAAACUAUAUAAACAACUUUUGUGUUCGGGUGUCAUGGUGUUGGUGAAUACACACAUUUGAUCCAAAUUUAUAUACCUAAUUACUUUAUUAUAAAACUCUUGUAAACAAUUUAUUAUAUAAAUACAUUUUCAAGUGAAAUCAUAAUAAUAUCAAUCACAUUAUGAUGGCUACCGUUGAAAAGAAUUCACUGUCUGAGUUUUCAUCACUUCUGUCAAAUGCACUUACCAGUCUAGGACAUGAGCGACUGUUCAACAUUGCUUUUGUAUUCACUGUUGAAACUGGCUUUAUUCCAACUUCUUUGGCAGAGAAAUUCAACUCAACUAAUUCAAAUAUCAAAUUGGCUAGAAUGAUAAAGAGCCAGCCAUUAAAUUCAUUUUGGUAUAAAAAUAAUGAUAAUUUUUAUGCUGAGCUAAAAAUGUCUAAUCAGUUAUGCUUUUUAAUUGGUGUUUCUAUUGGCGAUUCAUUAAUUAUAACAUUAAGUCAUUCAAAUUUAUCAAAAUGCAUUAAUUUUGAGACUGAUAAAAUCAUUCCCAGUGAAAAUAUGGAAAAUUUGUUUGAUUUAUCUAUAAAAUACAAAAAUUUGGUCAGCGUUCCAAUCAAAUGUGCUGUAUUGGAAAUCACCGUUGGUCAAUAUCCUUCUUUAUGCGGAUUACCUGAGGAAUUGGUUACCUAUAUUUUGAAGACUGGACUAAAACCUAUUGAAUUUUAUUCAUUGAUGAGAUCCUGUAAAAAAAUGUAUCAUUUAGUUACAAACAACCGGUUAUUAUGGAAAAAAUUUGCGAUUCAAGAAUUAUCGGUUAUUCCAGUACCAUUAGGAUUAAGAGAUACAAUAUCAAUUUCUGAUUAUAGACUUAUGUAUUAUGAUAUUCUUAGAAAAAGAGCUAUUAGAAAUAAAGAGAUGGAAGAAGCAAGUAAAAAUGAUUGGCUCCUUUAAAUUAAAAAUAUUAAGUGUUAAUUUAUUUUUAUGAAAAUGAAUGUAUUUAUAUUAUAUAAAACACUGCAUGCAUAUAAAA